UAGUUUGGUUUUUACAAGAUUUUGCACUUGCACUGCGUCGGCAAUCAUUUUCUUAAAAUGUUUGUCCAUACACUUGUUCCUGAUUUUUUCUUAGUUUAAUUCAUCUUUGUUCUAUACACUUUUGAACAACUCGUUGAUGAGUAAUUCAUCUUUCAACUGUCUUGUCAAAUAAGUUUAGCCGUGUUUUAUUCUGUUUUUUAAUGAUUAUCAGUAGUUAUUCGAUGACAUUUCAAUUCAUAUCUUUUUUCGAUAAUUUUAUUUGUUUCGGAUGGCAAUUUAAUUUCAGUUAACGAAUACACUUCUCUGUUUCGCCAAAAAGUGACAGUUUUCACCAACUUUAGAACCAUUCUAAAUUUUAAAACAUUUCUUCUGUUAUGGAUAUUAUAAUUUAAACUAUUUUCUUGUAAUAACAUGAAGGUAAAAUGUUUGGAAUUAUGAAUUGUCUACUAUUGUUGGCUUUACUGGCUUUUCUGUACAAAGUGGAUGCUGUUACAUCUCCUUAUGGAUGGAAACAUAAAAUUUCUCUUAAUGGCUUAUGGAAAUUCAAAUUAUCUCCUCAAGAAGAUCCUGACAUAGGUUUCAAAGAAAAAUGGUAUUCUGCUCCUUUAGUGGGUGAUGUAUUACUUAUGCCAGUCCCAUCUAGCUACAAUGAUAUUACUUCUAACAGGACUAUAAGAGACUACUUAGGCUGGGCCUGGUAUCAAACAGAAAGCGAUGUAAAUGUUGAAGAUUGGAAAAACUCUAGAGUCGUUCUUCAUUUUGGAGGAGUUCAUUAUUAUACAAAAGUGUGGUUCGGUGACAAAUUUUUGGGGUCUCAUGAAGGAGGUCAUAUUCCUUUUGAAUUUGAGCUUCCAAGUUACAAAGGGUUAUUAACGGUAGCCGUGAACAAUACUCUAAACAAUCAAACCAUACCACAAGGCUUUCUCUCAUAUCCUUCUGCAAAUAUGUCUGGUGGUUAUCGAACUUACACCCAUGAUUUUGACUAUUUCGAUUAUUCAGGCAUAAAUCGAAAUGUGUUUCUUUAUAGAACACCUAAGGAUAUUUAUUUGAAAGAUGUUAUAAUCAAAGCAACUUAUGAAGGCAAUAUAGGUUAUGUGAAGUUCUCGGUGUUAUCCAACAGUGCCGAUAUAAACUCCCCAUGUUUGGUUACCUUAUACGAUUCCCAUCAUCAAUACAAUAUCAGUCAAUGUUAUGGGGUUUUCAAGAUAACAAACCCAAUUCUUUGGUGGGAUAGAACUUCUAAGCAUAAACCCACAGCUUACUUGUACACUCUAAGGGUAGAACUAAAUCCAGGAAGUUAUCCCAGUGAUGAAAACAUCUAUGAAAUGAAGGUUGGCAUUAGAGAAAUCGAUUGGAACAGUACUGGACUUUGGCUCAAUGGAGAGAAGUUGUAUUUGAGAGGUUUCGGGAAACAUGAGGAUUCUGAAAUGCGUGGUCGAGGAUUUGAUUGGGCUACGACCAUCAGAGACAUGGACCUUUUGCAGUGGACAGGAGCGAACGUGAUGCGCACUACUCAUUACCCCCACUCCCUGGAAUGGAUCGACAUGGCAGACAGGGUAGGAAUACUCAUCAUUCUCGAGAGCCCUGCUUGUAGCCUCAGCAAUUUUGAAGACAACAUGCUGACCCUCCAUAAGAAAAUCAUGGAGGAUAUUUAUUCGACUUAUGGCAGCCACCCAAGUAUCAUCAUGUGGUCAUUGGCUAACGAACCUGUCUCCGACCAUCCGCGUGCGAGAGGAUAUUUCUUAGACCUGUUGACACUGAUGCAUUCCAUUGACACCACUCGUCCUGUCACCUUUGUUAGUAGUCGUAGUGUCGGUAACGAUAAGGCGGCUGGUGAGAUGGAUGUCAUCUGCUUCAAUCGUUACAACGGCUGGUAUGCCCACCCUGGUGAUUUGUCUAUUAUUGAAGAUUCGGUUGUUGAUGAGAUAACAGCAUGGAGGAAAGCCUACAAUCGCCCUGUUAUUAUUACAGAAUAUGGAGCAGGAUCCCUGCCUGGUGUUCAUAUGAUUCCAAGUGGUAUGUGGAGUGAGGAAUACCAGAUAGACCUUUUGAAAUCCCACUUCAGUGCGUUUGAUAAAAUGCAAGCUAAUGGCAAUCUCAAUGGCGAGCUUUUGUGGGUAUUUGCUGAUUUUGCUACUCCCCAAGAGUACAUCAGGCCAGGAGGAUGCAUGAAAGGAAUAUUCACAAGAAGCAGGCAGCCGAAGAAAGCAGCUUAUACGAUCAAACUAAGAUACGAAACAAUGGAUAAUAAAACAAUGACUUGGGAAUAGUUAUUGUAUGUUAUCCUAAAUAAAGUGAAUGUAGUUAUUGCAGUGUUUUAAUAUAGAUUUAUUUCAAAACUUUAAUAUUAUAAUGUCUAGUGUAUGAAUAUUUAAAAUAUUCAUAAGUUUCUUGUAUUUUUGUUAAUAGUAUGGAGUUACUAAAUAUAGUUUCUUGUAUUUUUGUUAAUAGUAUGGAGUUACUAAAUAUAUAUUUUUUAGAUGAUGUAUUUUAUUACUCAAGAUCAACAUCUUUCAAUAACAG